GAUGCUAUCCACUACAUGACCCGCGAGGCUCCUCAUGCCGUCAUCGAGCUGGACAACUACGGCAUGCCGUUCUCCCGUACUCCUGAAGGUAGGAUCUACCAGAGAGCCUUCGGAGGACAAUCCCUCAAGUUCGGAAAAGGUGGCCAGGCUCACAGAUGCUGUGCCGUCGCUGACAGGACGGGUCACUCUCUCCUGCACACACUGUACGGACAGUCUUUGAGAUACGACUGUGAAUACUUCAUCGAAUACUUCGCCCUGGACCUUCUCAUGGAGGAUGGAGUCUGCAAGGGUUGCAUCGCUAUCAACCUUGAAGAUGGAUCACUGCACAGGUUCCAAGCUAAGAACACGAUCCUGGCCACAGGCGGUACCGGUCGCUCUUACUUCAGCUGCACCUCAGCCCAUACCUGCACUGGUGACGGCACCGCUAUGGCUGCACGCGCUGGCUUGCAGAACGAAGAUAUGGAGUUCGUACAGUUCCACCCUACUGGUAUCUACGGAGCUGGUUGCUUGAUGACCGAGGGUUGUCGUGGUGAGGGAGGUUUCCUCGUCAACGCGAAGGGAGAACGUUUCAUGGAGCGUUACGCGCCUGUCGCCAAGGACCUGGCUAGCCGUGACGUCGUCUCCAGAGCUAUGACCGUCGAGAUCAUGGAAGGUCGCGGCUGCGGCCCCGAGAAGGACCACGUGCACCUGCAGCUGCACCCUCCCCCCGACCAGCUGAAGCAGCGCCUGCCCGGUAUCUCCGAGACCGCCAUGAUCUUCGCCGGCGUCGACGUCACCAAGGAACCCAUCCCCGUACUGCCCACCGUACAUUACAACAUGGGAGGCACGCCCACCAACUUCCGUGGAGAGGUAUGUUAGUCAUUAUAACUCUUAUGUCAU